AUGCAAAAGACUAAUCAGUUGAUUUAGUUGCUUGAUGAACAGUAACCUGGGGUUUUGAAGGAGUAGUAAGACACCCUGAACCAUAGAAUUCUAAUGAAGAACAAAGAAAUCAUCGAUCUAACUUAGACACACUUGAAAAAAUGGCUGAAACUAAUUUAGGAAAACGUGAUACAUUUUCAUGAAUAAGUCAAACCAAAUAGUCAUCUGAGAAACAAGUUCUAAUCAUUUGAGUAAUAUGAGAAACGUUUGAAAAAACUAAACAAAGAUAGUCUAUUCAAGGAAGUCUAGCAUGAAGAAAUUGACUUGUCCUAGUAAAAAGUUCCAUCUUCCUCUUUUAAACACAAAGAUCUCGAGGACAUCUAGCCACGCCAUAGAAGCUAAAGAUAUCACAAUAGCAAGUCUUAGAGGAAUAAGCAAGGUGAGGAGAAGCAACUUGAAAUCUUAAACAGUAUUGCUGAAAAUCAAGAUAUUAUGGACAAAGCAGAGGAUUUAUUAGACUCCUAUUCAAGCUAUUCAAGGUCUCUUAGGGACUAGACUUAUGAAGAGCGCAAAUCUAUGGAUUCAAUGAGUCGAAAGAGUCAAAUAUCCAGGUCUUUAAAAGAUGAUUAUCACUCUCAUUCACAAAAACAGCAUCAUAAAUCGCCAAUGACUAUAACAUUUGGUGCCACUCUUGCUACUUGGAUGAACAACUAAAAUCUCCUAGAUUAGCAGCAAGAAUAAAUUGAUGAGAUAAAUCAGCUGUAGAAAAUCGAAGAGGAAAACAUGGAGAAUGAUCCUGAAGAGAUGAUAGCCAAUAAUACAUAUGCUCCUGAAACAGAGGAGUAGAGACGUCACACAGAAAUGCUUAAGAGAAUGGAAAAAGUUUACUCAGAUAUAAGUUAUAUUGACUAUGAUAUACUCAAGUAGUAUGAAGGCUUUGAGAGAAGAGUCAAUAUCAAUUCAUCUACUCUAGUCAUUAUGUGCAUAAAUAAGCUGUAUUAGAUUAUGCUAGAUCAUGGAGUACUGCUUAUCAAUGGAUAGACAGUAGUAGAUACCAAAAACAUCAAGAGGCUCUUUUUCUCCAAGAUUUAUAUCACAGACCAGAUGCUAUUUGUGUCAAUGUAAGCUCCUCUGGACGAUGUGUUCUAUUUGCAUGAAGAUCACCCUGAAUGGAAGUUUUUGAUGAAUCAUUUCCAACUAGUGGAAUUUAGUGACGACUCAAAAGUAAUUGGAUCUUACAAGACCUUCUACUAAAACAUUGCACUUGGCAAUGCUUUUGUCAGCAAAGCCUUUAUUCAUUAAAACAAAGCCAAAAGGUACUUGUAUACUAGUCUAUACGCUUCUUACUACUUUUUCUUUAAGCAAAAGAGACUUGACCAAAAUGAUUUCUUUUGUGCCAAUCCUGAUUUAGAUCUAGCUAGAGAGAUAUGGAAUCUUUUGGAAAGCAAAUAUAUCAAGAAAGUGUUUGGCAGAUUCCUGCCGAAUAUUAGAAUCAAUAAAAGGAUUUACAUUCCAAUGCUAGACACUGUUUUAAACGUUGAUAAUGUGUUCAAUUUACCUGCAUUUGAUGAGACUUUGGAAGAUGUCAGGGAAAUGAGAUAAAGAGAGAUUGCUGAUUAAAAAUAGAAUAAGCAGAUUGGAAAAAGAUAGCAAGUCCUCAAGUCACAUUAUCUGAAUCAAAGCUAAACACAAGAUAAUCAAAGAACUUCAUCAGACUAAAAUACUGAUAGUAGAAAAGUUCUCUAUGGCAUUAAGUCAACUGACUAUAACCCAGAAACUCAUGUCUAAGUAAGAGUUUUAAAUAAUGAAGACUUACCCACAGACUUUGAUACUGGAAUAAAUCAACAGGACUUUUAAUACGAUAACUAUGCUAAUGCCUAAGUCAAUUAAAAUAAUGGAGGUGGAUUUUUUGGUAUGUUCUGCUGCGUCCCUCCAAGGAUCUUUAAUAGGCCUGAAAGAAGGUUUAAUAGUAGUGUAGACAGUUUGAUUAUUCAUAUGCAUGGAGGUGGUUUCGUAUCUAUGAGCUCUGCUAGUCAUUAGAACUAUACUAGAAUAUGGUCUAUUGACACCAAAUUGCCUGUUUUUAGUAUUGAUUACAGACUAUCUCCAUAAUAUUAAUUCCCAUCAGCAAUUAAUGAUAUUUGGCAAACCUAUUACUACAUAGUGGAGCAUGCCAAAUAAGAAUUUGGAAUUAAUCCUAAACGAAUCAUAUUAGUGGGUGAUUCAGCUGGCGGCAAUCUUGUUGCUGCGAUUACUAUUAUGUGCAUUAUGAGAAAUUACAGAAAGCCAGAUGGCAUCAUCCUUGCAUACCCAGGUAUAAAUAUCAUUGAGUUAAUUUAAUCUAUAGCUUUGAACUUGUCUUUCACAGAUUUUACUCCUUCAACUUUACUAGCCCUUGAUGAUCCAAUUUUACCCUUUCCUUUCCUAAAGAUGUGCUUAGAGUCUUAUGUCGGGAAAAACGUAGAGCUUGCUAAGCAUCCUUAUCUUUCCCCUUUAAAGGCCUCAGAUGACGUUCUAAGGCAGUUCCCUCCAACCAGAAUCAUGGUUGCCAGCAAUGAUCCUAUAAGAGACGGCAUUAUUAAUUUUUACAGUAAAUUGGGUGUUGAUGUGAAACUGAAGGAGUUUAGCUUGAUGCCACACGGAUUCUUAUCUUAUAACUUCCCUAUCUGGGGUAUGAGAGAUGAAUCAAUGGAAGGCAUCAAACUUGGCACAGAAUGGAUCAAAGAACUCAUUGAAUUGACAAAGACUAAUCCUCAACCAAAGACACAGAAUUAUAACUCAGAACUAAGUGAGCGACAAGGUGCUUUAUUUGAAUACAUUCCAGCUACAGAAGACCCUGAUUUUUCCGACUUAUAGAAAUAAGAUAACGAAGACCAAGUAGAGGAAAUACUAAUUUGGCUGUGGGUCUGGGACAAACGUUUCUUCUUUGGAGUUAAUCACAAUCCCUCAGUCCUCUUGAAUAUAUGGAUUCUGCCUAUCAUUUUGAGUUUGAUCUUAGCAUUGCACUCAUACGAAGUAGUGUUCUCUGACAAGGCUGUGUAGGAGUAGCAGCAAGGCAAAAUAAACUCUUGCAUCGAUAAUGAUCUUUACAAGCAAUCCACUCACUAUCAAUACAUGCAGGUGUUCAACAGUGCUUUGCUUGUCAUGACUCUUGUUAAGGGAUAUAUUGAAAGGAAUAGAGAUAUAUCUGGAAAACAGGAUUAACUCUAAGGCGUUUACACCACUAAACAGCCAGUUGUGAGUGCCUACUAGCACACCCACUUUGACUUCUGGCAGAGAUAGAAUACAGCCUUUUCCUACAUUGCAUUGACCAUGCUGUUCUUCAACUUCUAUGUCUACUAUAUUAGCUUCAGAGUAGCUGCUGCCUUUAGCAAGUCAACUUGCCCUUCUGAUUCCUAUUACGAGAUUCUACCAGGAGCUUAUACCACACUUAUUCAUGCUAAUAUCGUUCAAGUUGUGGGAUCAUUUGCAAUUGGAUCAUUCCUGCUAGCUAUACUAAUCAAGUUGAUUAAUGUGAUUUCAUUUGUAACUUGCCCCCUCAAGAUGCUUUGGUUCAAGAAGAAUGUAAGAGCAUUCUGA